AUGUCUGUAGCGCGCGACCGCUUCCCGUCGACUUCAUCGACGGAUGAAAACGAGAGCGGCAUCGACUGGGACGCGGACCCCACGCGUCACCACCCGAUGAUGCACCAACGCCACCCCCCUCCACCACCCGUGGUGCUCACCGGCUCAGUGCGUAAGCGCCGCGGGAACCUGCCGAAGCAUUCUGUCAAGAUUCUGAAGAGGUGGCUCUAUGAUCAUCGAUACAAUGCGUACCCGAGCGAUGCGGAGAAGCUCGCCCUCAGUCAAGAAGCCAAUCUGACAGUAUUGCAGGUAUGCAAUUGGUUCAUAAACGCACGCCGGCGUAUCUUGCCAGAGAUGAUUCGUCGCGAGGGUCACGAUCCGUUGCAUUACACUAUAUCCCGACGCGGCCGGAAACAACCGGCGGCGGCACUCGGGGUGGGGCCGAUCAUUGGCCUCCCUGGACCCUCUGCCUCGGGAGUGACGCUGGGCCCCGGCUCUAGCGUGACUGUUACAUCGUGGGAUGGAGUUGUUGUGCAGAAUGGAGAUCACAUUCGCAACCGUGAAUAUGGCGAUGGACUACUUGUUUACCGAAGCGACGGCGACGAGUUAGGAGAGGAGGGCUAUUCUAGCGCCCUCAGCGAAGAGGAGGUUAAAUACGACCCUUCAGUCUGGCAGUCCGUCAUCCGUUACACUCCCGACGAUCGUGACUUCCAUCCUGCCACCAGAGGAACUGCGGCCGUCGUUACAGUUACGACGACGGAGCAGCUCGCGCACCAGACGGGCGCGAUGACGGCUAGGGACGAGGUGUGGCGGCAGGCGGCGCCGCACUUGCCGCAGGUGCCGCAGGUGCCGCACAUGCCGCAAGUGCCGCACAUGCCGCAAGUGCCACAUGUGCCGCCGCCGCCGCCGCAGACGGGGCUGCGCCCGCGCCGCAUGCAGGUGAGCACGCCGCCGCCGCCGCCGCCGGUCGCCGUCGAGCUGGAGGUCGCCGCCACUGACGUCUGGUGUCACACAUACACCCACGACAGAAACGACAGUUAA